UGUGUUACUGGAAGAUUUACAUGCACUUAACAUUUUAUGUAAUUCCUUCGAGGAAUUGGCAAUAAUACAGUGUGAUUUAAAAUCAUCCAUGCUGAUUUUACCUCACUCUUGGUAUUGCAAAGUGUAUUUUCUUGUACUGUAUCACAGUACUUGCUCAAUGAACUCGUGUGGCAAGCGGAAGAGGUGAGGAACUGGGUGAGGGGGAGGGAAGAGAAACAAACACAGAGAGAAAGCAAGUGAGAGAGGAAGGGUGCAGGAUGCACUUCAUCCACAGUCUCACUUCAACCUCGCCACGCCGGACUGUCAUCCGAGGAGCGCCCGCCCGCAAGUCCUGGAGCUCUCUGCCGCGGUUCACUUCUGUUCUCAUCAGCUUUACAUUUGGACGGUUUCGACAUGGGUCCGAUCUGUUAAAAGGCGUGAGGUGUUACUGAACCGUUAGCAGUUUGAUUCCAGACAGACCUGUAAAAACUCGCUCCAGCUGAAGACAGAAUAAUGAUGGAGUAUUGGAGGCAGUGCGCGCUGUGGCUGAUUAACUGCAAGGUGCUUCCCGCUAACCACAGGGUGACAUGGGAGUCAGCGCAGGUAUUUGACUUGGCUCAGACCCUCCGGGAUGGAGUCCUCCUGUGCCAUCUGCUCAACAACCUGAAGCCUCAGUGCAUCAACCUGAAGGAGAUCAACCUCCGACCGCAAAUGUCACAGUUCCUGUGUCUGAAGAAUAUCCGGACCUUCCUGGUGGCGUGCAGCAACUCAUUCGGAAUGAAGAAGAGCGAACUGUUUGACGCAUUUGACCUUUUUGAUGUCAGGAACUUUGGCAAGGUUAUGGACACGCUGUCCAAACUUUCUCACACUGGCAUUGCACAGCAAACAGGAAUCAGACCUUUUCCUACAGAGGAGAGUGUAGAAGAUGAGGACAUCUACAACCACCUGGAGGACCUAAUGGAUGAGAACGGCGUGGAGGACGAGGAGGAUCUGUAUGCCUGUGUGUAUGACGAUGAGGAAGGUGGGGAGAUCUAUGAGGACCUGAUGAAGACAGAAGCCGUCCCUCCUCCGGCGUUCCAGAAGCAGGCGGAGAUCGACAUCAGGAGUUGCUGUUUAACAGAGAUCAAGCAGACCGAGGAGAAAUACACUGAGACCCUGGAGUCUAUAGAGAAGCACUUUAUGAUGCCCCUCACCAUGUUUUUUUCUGUGAUUGAGAUGGAGAAGGUGUUUGUGAAUAUUCCGGAACUGGUCAAGGUUCACAAGUGUUUACUGAUGGAAAUUCAAGAUUCAAUCCACCAUAAAAGUGCCCAGAACCUUUACCAGAUCUUCAUCACUUUCAAAGAGAGGUUGUUGAUCUACGGGAAAUACUGCAGCCAUGUGGAGACAGCCAUCGUCUCCCUCGAUGAAAUCUGCAGAAGCAGAGAGGAUGUACGCAUGAAACUAGAGGAAUGUUCAAAGAGAGCCAAUUAUGGCAAGUUCACUCUGAGAGACCUGCUUGUGGUUCCCAUGCAACGGGUGUUGAAGUAUCAUCUCCUUCUGCAGGAGCUGGUCAAACACACCCAUGAUGCCUCUGACAAAAGCAACCUACGAACAGCGUUAGAUGCAAUGAAGGAUUUGGCGCAGUAUGUCAACGAAGUCAAAAGGGACAAUGAGACGUUGCGAGAAAUAGAUCAGUAUCAGAAAUCCAUUGAAAACCUGAACCAACCUCUGAAAAACUACGGGAGACCCAAAGGCGAUGGGGAGGCACGGGUGGCCUCGGUGGACAAACGAGCUAAACAGGACAGGCAUAUUUUCCUAUUUGAUGCUGUGGUGAUUGUUUGCAAGCGUCGAGGGGACAUCUAUGAAAUGAAAGAAGUGAUCGACCUGCACCUCUUCAAGAUUACCAACAACCCAACAUCCGACAAGGAGAACAGAAAGUGGUCAUACGGCUUCUACCUCACUCACAACCAGGGCCAGAACGGCUUUGAGUUUUUCUUCAAGACCAAAGAGCUGAAAAAGAAGUGGCUGGAGCAGUUCGGCAUGGCCAUAUCAAACAUCCAUCCUGAGAAUGCAACCAACAAUUUGCAUGAGUUUCGGAUGAACACCUUCGAAAGAAUCACCUCCUGCAACUCAUGCCACAUGCUGCUGAGGGGGAUCUUUUACCAGGGCUACCUGUGCUCCAAGUGUGGUUUAGGCGCCCAUAAAGAAUGCCUCGGACGAUUUGGCUGCUGUGGAAAAACAGAUUCCGGCUCCGUCAGAACUCAGGGCAAACAUCGAGAUCCAGGUCUGCCCAAGAUGCUGGUCACUAGGAACUACUUCGGCGUGCCGAGUCCUGCUUCUGGUCCGGCACUCACCAUCAACACUGGAGACAUCAUCGAAUUAAUAUGCGCUGACCUACACAGCCCCUGGUGGCAGGGCAGAAUCCUGUCGACGAAGGAGGCUGGAUUCUUUCCGAGCGACGCCGUGCGGCCGUGUCCAUGUGUGCCAAAGCCUGUUGAUUACUCCUCACAGCUGUGGUUUGCAGGUCCAAUGGAGAGGUUUCAGGCGGAAGCAGAGCUCCUCAACAGGGUGAACAGCACCUACCUGGUGCGCCAUCGCAGCAAAGAGUUCACAGAGUACGCCAUCAGCAUAAAGUACAACAACGACGUGAAGCAUAUAAAGAUCCUGACCAAGGAGGGCUGCUACUACAUUGCAGAGAACAAGAAGUUCAAGAGCAUAUUAGAGCUGAUCGAGUACUACAAACACCACUCAUUGAGAGAAGGCUUUAAGAGUCUGGACACCACCCUGCAGUUCCCUUACCGGGAACCGGAGAACGCAGCUGUACACCGCUUCAACCGAUCAGGGAGCAACACUCCAUUGCUCUGCGGCCUCUCUCUCGUAACUCCUGCCGGCUACAGCUUUGUGCCUCCUUCCUCUGCCCCCUUCUGGUCAGGUACAGUGCUGACGCCCAAAGUGAUCGGUGUGGCCAUAGCACGGUACGACUUCAGCUCGCGGGACACCCGGGAGCUGUCGCUGCAGGAAGGAGACGUGGUGAAGAUCUACACAAAGUCCGGAGCCGGUGGCUGGUGGCGGGGCGAGGUCAACGGCCGGGUCGGCUGGUUUCCGUCUACGUACGUGGAGGAGGGUGAGGAGUGAGCGGUCCAAAAUGUGAAGACGUGUAGGAUUAAAGAAGAGCGGUGGCAGCGGACUGAGUGGCGGGGUCGGUCGACUUUCCUCCCUGACGCCCUGCUGCCUAAAACUGUCCCAGCGGCCUUCAGCUGAGAAGAAGGGCUACAGUAGGCUGCAGACACAAACAAGCCCUAUCAUUUCUGCUUGACUCAGUGUGGCUAAGCAGCUCCACCGACAAGCAGAUUGACUGUCAGCGGGAAACGGGCUCGGCAGACACUCCCUCUCUCCCCUUCUUUGCUUCAUCCAUCCAUCCAUCCAUAAUUCAUCCCUCGCUUCCUCUCUGCCCGCUGUCUGCCGCUGUCCCCCCUCCGCUCCCACCUGCUCCCCGCCUGCCAAGCCAGGCGACACCAGAACUGUCACGAGUGAAGACUCAGAUGCCACUCCUCCACUCAUGCGCUCAUCUAUCCGUCCUUUCAUCCAUCAGCUGUCUGAGGAAUUAUAGCAGGACUCCCCCGUAUGUGAAGUUUUGCAUUUUUAUUUUACUUUCAUUUCACUCUGGAGGGAUUCCAGGCAGUUAUGACUUUGCUUGUGUGUUUGCUCCAAACAAGCAGGUUGUUAUCGAUGACUCUGUGGCCCAGAUUCAUUCACACACUCACACCUCCCUCCUCCUUCAGAUUGUGAUCGCAGCAUAGUCUCACUGUUACUGGAGAUGAGCAGAGAGCUGCAGAAAGGGGACGGUGUCGGAUAGCAUCGCCUCAUAGCUGCCAGCGAUUGAUCGCCGUUGUUCCCAUUUUCCUCCCACUUAUCGCCGUGCUUUAUCUCCGACCCCGGCCUCUCAUGUUUGUAGUUGUCCCGUCCGUGAACGAUCCUCUGCUGUUAUCGGUGGCAGCUCUGUCAACAAGAGCCCAUCCGCUGAGGGUUUAUCUUAUUACAGGCAUUAGCGGCCUGUCGGGGGAGACAGCCGAGCCACCUGGAAGGCCCUCAGUAAGGAAUUGCUUCUUUAGUCUCGACCUUGCAUUACAGUGGUUUCUAAAAGUUUUCAUACCCCUUGAACUUCUCCACAUAUUGACACACGUUACAAACAAAAUGUGAAAGGGAUAGCUCUAUUUAGCCCCCUUUUACUCUGACACCCUUAAGUAUGAUUGGGGUAUUAACAGGUCCUCAAUAGCUUUACACUGCUAAGGAAAAGUAUCUCCACAGCAUAAUAGCUUUCUUCUUGUUACUCGUCCGUAAAGGCAAGGUUUGUAGAUUGCACCACCAGCAGUUGUCCUGUAGACCAAACCAUCCACCUAAGCUGUUGAUCUCUCCAGCUCCCCCAAAGUUACCAGAGGCAUCUUGGCUGCCUUUCAGAUGAUUGCACAUCAGACUUUUUAGAGUUUUAUUUGAAUGUUCGGGGUUGUUACAUGUGGAGAAGUUUAAUGGGUGUGAGCACUUUUGCACUUUGUUAUGAAUUAAUUUAUACACAUUUGCCUAAUACUGUCCUGAUUUAUUUGCUGUAUGAAAGCCUGUGGAACCAAAUUUGUACAUUUUUAAGAUAAUUUAUGAUCAUCUUGGAGGCCAAGCAGUAGAAAAAAAUCCAGAACACUACCUGCUUUUUUGGUACCUUUUCAUUGUUUUUACUCCAAUUCACAACUUUUCAUGACAUAUUUGGAUCUUUUCGUUCUGUCUUUUACCAGCACACCACACUAGAAGCUGUAUGUGAAGACAUAUAAAAGUGUUUGAAGAUGACACUACAUUUCAGAGCUCAGAUGGAAAUUUAACCAAGAUCAAGGCACCUGUCUUGUUUGAAAAUCAACCCGAGGCGAUCCUUCAUUCCUACGUUCCCACCCAUCCCAUCACAUCUUCAUUGUGUCAAUGCCAACUUGUAUUGUGCCACAGUGUCAGUUAAUGGUUUUGUGAUCUGAUGUUUUGCGGACUUAAUGGUCCAUUACGUGUGAAAGUCAUGAAUAAUACCCUGCCACAUCUGACACUUUCUGCUUUUAUCAUAUGUUUUUCGUUUUUGUUCUCUGUCAAAUUGUUUAACCGCAUGAUGAAGAAAUGUGUCAGGAACGCAUCACAUUAAUGAGUUUUUUAUGGGUUUCAAAUUAUCAACAGUCUCACUAAGUGACCACUAGAUGGAAGCAUCCUAAAUGCAGCUCUUCACCCUCAACAUGCGAAAGUCUGAAGAUGACAUCAUAUGAUUAGGAGGUGAUGCCAUGAGGCUGAAAGACGUAGGGACACUUUAGAGGCAGAAAGGAAGGUUUUAAUUGCUAGCUCUCAAAAAUACUUCUGUAAAUUGUAGUUCACUUUUGGCUUCAGAUGUUAUUUUGAAAUCUCUGCUAUUCCAGAAACUUUCUGUGGAUUUUAAACCCUGACAACUUUCCUUUUAGAGCUUCUGGAAAGCUUUUGGAAACCUUUGUUGGCACAGAUGUGAUAGAUCAUGCCUCCCUCUCCCAUCCUUGGGAAAAACAGAGCUGGUUCUCUAAUCGCAGACUCCAGUAAUCCACUCCGCCUCCUCCUCCUCUUCCUCAGCCUAGUUGAACUCUGACAGUAGGGCCAUUUAAAGCUGCGGGCCUUCCUCUCCUUCCCAUUGUGCUUCCAGACUUUUUUUUUUUUUCUUUUUGGAUCGCAGGAGGGAUUGGUGGAAGGCUCAAGGGUAUCUGUGAUCUAAUCAUUACACCAUCUCCUCACCUCAGUGACCCCGCUGCAUUCAUCUCCCUGUCGGCUCCCUCCUCUGUCUCUCUGUGUCACCCCUCUAUCUUUAUUUUCGCCUCCCUUGUUUUGCUUUCUAUCUCUCAUCCAGUCUUUGUCUUCUCAGCUGUUCAGCUUCUGUAUGUUGGUGAGAGAUGGGGAAGGGAGACAUAUCUCUAAACAAAGUGUUAACCAGUUUUAUCUGACCUCAAAUUAAUUUAAUGCCAAUUAUCCCACUGUACAGAGAUGAUUUCUACAUGUGGAAGUUCAGAAAGGACUUUAAUAUAUAGACUCCUGUACUUUCUUUUGCCAUCAGGCCUCCAUCUUGAUGGAAGUUUGCAUUUAAAAGUCUGUGUUUAUGUGUUUUGUUAUGCCAGUAAAGCCAAAGAUGUAUGCUGUAUCUACUGUCUAAUAACCACGGUACCCAACCACUGAGGCCUGUCUCUAAAAUGGUGCAAUCGUGACUGUGUAGUUGAACCCUGUAUUGUUGCUGUAUCAUACUGUAAGUAAUGUAUAUAGAGCAGAAUAAAGAUAUACACUGCUUCUUCUAA